CAGGCUCCAUUCUUUGUGCUGUGAGGGGCUCCCGGCCUUCGCGGGGAGGCCAGGUAGCGGGUUCGGCCAGCUUGCUCGCUGCAGGGCCUCACGGGGCGCGCGGCGGGAAAACUGGGUGAACGAGGCCCCGCGGUGUGCGAACGCCCGAGGGAGGAGGCUCUCCUCGCGUUUGAUUUCGCCGUUUCUUAUCUGCAGGCAGCGCAGUAAACACUGCUUCGGUGCGCCAGGCGCCUAAGGGCUUUCGUCACCGGGAUGCCAAAGCGUGGGAAGAGAGCGGCAGCAGAAGACGGGGAAGAACCCAAGUCAGAGCCGGAGGCCAAGAACAGUAAAAGGGCAACAAAGAAAAACGAGAAAGAUGCCUCGGGAGAGGGCCCUGUUUUGUAUGAGGACCCUCCAGAUCAGAAAACCUCACCCAGUGGCAAAUCUGCCACUCUCAAGAUAUGCUCCUGGAAUGUGGAUGGGCUUCGAGCCUGGAUUAAGAAGAAAGGUUUAGAUUGGGUAAAGGAAGAAGCACCAGAUAUCUUGUGCCUCCAAGAAACCAAAUGCUCAGAGAACAAACUCCCAGCUGAACUUCAAGACCUGCCUGGACUCACCCAUCAAUACUGGUCGGCUCCAUCAGACAAGGAAGGAUAUAGUGGUGUGGGUUUACUCUCCCGCCAGUGCCCACUCAAAGUCUCUUAUGGCAUUGGUGAGGAAGAACAUGAUCAAGAAGGCCGUGUGAUUGUGGCUGAGUUUGAGUCCUUUGUCCUAGUAACAGCCUACGUCCCCAAUGCAGGCCGGGGUCUGGUAAGACUGGAGUACCGACAGCGAUGGGAUGAAGCCUUUCGUAAGUUUCUGAAGGACUUGGCUUCCCAAAAGCCACUUGUGCUAUGUGGGGACCUCAAUGUGGCUCAUGAAGAGAUUGACCUCCGAAACCCCAAAGGAAACAAAAAGAAUGCUGGCUUCACUCCCCAGGAGCGCCAAGGCUUUGGGGAGCUGCUGCAGGAUGUCCCGCUGGCUGACAGCUUCCGGCAUCUCUACCCCAGCACCGCCUAUGCCUACACCUUUUGGACUUACAUGAUGAAUGCCCGGGCUAAGAAUGUUGGCUGGCGCCUCGAUUACUUUUUGUUGUCACACUCUCUUUUACCUGCAUUGUGUGACAGCAAGAUCCGCUCCAAGGCUCUCGGCAGUGACCACUGCCCCAUCACCCUCUACCUCGCCCUGUGACACCUGCUGAAAUAGCCUCCUCUCCCCGUACACUUUCAAUAGGUGUCCUUUAGGGUUUUUUUUUUUUGUAUCUGGUCCCAUGUCCCGUCCCGUCCCCUCCCACCCCUGGUUUUAAAUGUUAAACCAAACAUUGGGUUCCUUUGAACAAUCAAAGUAAAAAUAAAAAGGCCCUACUUUCAACUUGG